UCAACUAUUAACAAGAUACUCUCUUAAUUAAAAUGGCUUUAGAAACAAAAGAAGAAGAAGAGAUAGUUGUGAUGAACAUGGAUAAUUUUCAAGAGAUCCAUGUUUCUAAUCAUCCCACUAUACCACAACUCCAAAACCAGAAACAUCAAAAGUUUCGAAGAAAUGAUUCUCUUGAGAUUGAAUCUCGCACAACCUCUCACGUCCAUCACUCUAACGGUUCAUCCAUGGCGAUAAUACUGCAACUGGCGUUUCAAAGUCUCGGAAUAGUUUACGGAGACAUCGGAACUUCUCCGUUGUAUGUGUUUUCAAGCGUCUUAUACAUACAUCGGAAAAGUAUGAAGGACUAUGUUUAUCCAUGGCGAUAAAUCAC